AUGGCCGACUCGCCCCCGACCUAUCUCUCGCCCAGCGAGCUGGGCUCAAAGGACUACUGGGACAAAUACUACGCACGCACUCUCGCGCAUCUCUCCCAAUCGCAACCACACAACCCAUCAUCCACCACCACCAAUACCACUCCCAAUGCACCGUCCACCGAAAAUGACGACUCCUCGGACAACGCCUCCGAAGUAAACGACGACGAUGACCCCGGCACAUCAUGGUUCUCCGAACACAACGCGCCCCAAAAAGUCCUCCGCUUCCUAACCUCGAAAUCCUUUCCGCUGUCCCCGCGCAACAGCCUCCGCCGCCGCGGCCACUCAUCUUCACCCUCCCUGCCACGCCAGCCUAGUAUCCUCGAUCUCGGCACCGGGAAUGGGAGCAUGCUUGCGCUAUUGCGGAAGAAGGGCGGCUUCGUCGGUGAGAUGGUGGGCGUGGAUUACUCGGCGAGGAGUGUGCAGUUAGCGAGGGAGUUGCAGUCCGGGAAGGGGCAUUCUGCCUAUCAUACUGAUGAUGAAGAUGGGUCUGAUGAGUCUGAUGAGGAUGAUGACGAGGGGGAAGAUGAGGAAGGGGGUGAAGACCAGGGUCCGUACGCUGCUGCGAAAGAGGAGGUUGUGCUUGCUAGCCCCGAGCCCGGGAAAGAAGCUACGGAGGCAGUCCGUAUCUCCGAAGACACAGAUGAGAAUCAAACACCGGAGAUCCGCUUCGAGGAGUGGGAUAUCCUCGGCUCGACAGCACGGCUUUCCGAGACCGGCACACCGUCGUCCGAACCACCACCCGCGGACCAACGACUAGACUGGUUCCCCUAUGAAACGGGCGGUUUCGACAUCGUCCUCGACAAGGGCACAUUUGAUGCCGUGUCUCUAUCAGACGACGCAAAGGACACGCGCGUCUGCGAGCGGUAUCCGCGUAUCGCGCGGCGGUUGGUGCGCGCUGGUGGCUUUGUGGUUGUGACGAGCUGCAAUUGGACGGAGGAGGAGUUGGUUAGUUGGUUUGUCGGGAGUAGCCAUGAUCAGGAGGGAAAUGAUAGACUUGUUGUUUGGGGAAGGGUUGAGUAUCCCCGGUUUCGGUUUGGGGGGCAUGAAGGGCAGGGGGUUAGUACGGUGUGCUUUCAGAGGGUUGCGCAGUAG